CGCCUGACGGCUUGCUGGACUACAUUUCCCAGGAGGCGUCGCGCCCGCGCCGCACUACUUCCGGGCUGCGAAAGAUGGCGGCUUCCUAGCCAGCGCUCGACUGAGUUGGAGGGAGGCUCCGGCUACGACACCCUCUAGACAGCCCACUGUCCCCUGGAGACGAACCCAGAGAACCCCUAAGGGGAGGAACCUGGCUUCCCCCAACCCUACUCCAUCCAGCCACUCAGGGGCCAUGGAGGUGGCAGAGCCCAGCAGCCCCACUGAGGAAGAGGAGGAAGAGGAGGAGGAAGAGGAAGAGGAAGAGUCUGCGGAGCCCAGGCCCCGUACACGCUCCAAUCCUGAGGGGGCUGAGGACCGGGCACUGGGGGCCCAGGCCAGCGUGGGCAGCCGCAGCGAGGGUGAGGGUGAGGCGGCCAGUGCUGACGAUGGGACUCCCAAUCCUCCCGGAGCUGGCCCCAAGCCCUGGCAGGUGCCCCCGACAGCCCCCGAAGUCCAGGUGCGGACGCCAAGGGUCAACUGUCCAGAGAAGGUGAUCAUCUGCCUGGACCUGUCAGAAGAAAUGUCGCUGUCAAAGCUGGAGUCCUUCAAUGGCUCCAAAACCAACGCCCUCAACGUCUCCCAGAAGAUGAUUGAGAUGUUUGUGCGGACAAAACACAAGAUCGACAAGAGUCACGAAUUCGCACUGGUGGUGGUGAAUGAUGACAUCGCCUGGCUGUCCGGCCUGACCUCUGAUCCCCGCGAACUCUGCAGUUGCCUCUAUGACCUAGAGACGGCUUCCUGCUCCACCUUUGAUCUGGAAGGUCUCUUCAGCCUCAUCCAGCAGAAGACUGAGCUGCCAGUCACGGAGAAUGUGCAGACAAUUCCGCCCCCAUACGUGGUCCGCACCAUCCUGGUCUAUAGCCGUCCGCCCUGCCAGCCCCAGUUCUCCCUGACGGAGCCCAUGAAGAAAAUGUUCCAGUGCCCAUAUUUCUUCUUCGAUGUUGUUUACAUCCACAAUGGCGCCGACGAGAAAGAGGAGGAAGUGAGCUGGAAGGACAUGUUUGCCUUCAUGGGCAGCCUGGAUACCAAGGGGACCAGCUACAAGUAUGAGGUGGCGCUGGCUGGGCCAGCCCUUGAGCUGCACAACUGUAUGGCUAAGCUGCUGGCUCACCCACUGCAGCGGCCCUGCCAGAGUCACGCCUCCUACAGCCUGCUGGAGGAGGACGAUGAAGCCACUGAGGUUGAAGCCACUGUCUGAACCAUCCCCGUGCCUCUCAGCCUUCCUGUGCAGCGAAACCCUUGGCUUGGAGAAUGGUUCUCAAACCAGGCUCUGUGGCACCCUGAUGGGGAGGGUUCCGGGAGGCUCCCGGGGCACCUGGGGGCCUUGGCAAGAAACUCAAGAUUCCAGGCAGCAUCCCAGGGACCCUGGGCACCCAUUCCCGGUGUUUUCCAGACCACAUGCCGUCGCCAGUUUGUGACCUGUAAUUUUUGUUCUUCUUUGUGUGUUUUGAUCAUCAAAGUAAAAAUCUGAGAAUCCCUA